AAAUGGCUAGACACUUUUAAAUAAAAAUUUACAUUUGUUUAAGCUCUUAAAAUUGUUGAAGCAAAUGGUAUAUAUAAAUUAUUAAGUGAACAAAGAGUGUAAGCAAAAUUUUUUAUUGGAGUUUCAUUUCAUCAUUCUAAAAAUAAAAAUUUUGAUCUAAAUAUAAAGCAAAUUCAUUGUAGGGGCAUUUGAAUUAUGUUCUUAAAAAAUCAUUUUCUCCUUUCUCUGAAAUUUUAAAACUUUUAGAAGGUUAUCAUUGCAUUUUUAUAUUACAGGAAGGAAGAAAAAAAAAAAACUUUACAUGGUGUAAAAACUAAAUUUUGUGUUUUCAUUUUAGUUCUUGUUUUCUUUUAGAUAAGGCAAUUGCAGCUUAUGCAGUAUGGAGAAAAAGUAUGAACGUAUAACUAUUAUAUGGUAAUUAGUGAAAAAUAAACUCAAAACAAUUUUGUUUACACUCCUUUUCCCUAAUUUACUUACAACAGAAAUGGGGAAGUAUUAAAGUAGUGUCUGUUCAUUUUGCUCUUUUUUUUCUCUCAAACUUAUAGAACUUCUGCACCUUUAUAUUUCCUAUCUUUCCAAAAAUAAGAAAAUAUUUCUGAAUUUUAAGAUCUAAAAGCUUCUUUUACCUCUUGGCCUGAAAUUCUUUGAAUAAUUUAUUAUAUCUGUUCUGACUAAAAAAAAAUAAUCUUAAUUGGUAAAUUCUAGUUUUAUUAAAUACUUUUUUAUCACUACUACUCUAACUUCUGACAUUUUUCAUCCCUCUUCUAUUUUCAGAAAAAUGUCUCAAUUCUCCAUUUCUGAUUGAAAGUGGAACUAGGAGAGCUGUAAAGAAAAAACUUUCAUCUUGAAGGUAAUUUUAACAGUAGGGGGGACUGAGAAAUGAGUUUAGGUGAUAAUGGAUUUAGCAUACAUAUUGACACAUAAAUAUUUUUUUUCAAGGUAAAAUUUGCACUUAAAAUAAUAUUUGUGAAGCUUCAAAUCUCAUUUAAAACUGAUACAUUAUGGAGAAUGUUGUGAAUUUAAAUAUACCGUCUUGUCAACCACAUAACAUCUGUCAGCAUUGUCACAUCUAUUUUGUAGACGUUAAAGCAGAACAUUAUAACAUUAACAACACCACUCAAGAAGUUAAAAGCUUAUUUACUUGCUCGUAUUGUAAAAAGAGCUUUACGAGAAAAGAUAAAUUAAAUGAGCACAUAAAGCUGCAUACUGGUGAAAGCCCUCAUAUUUGCACCUAUUGUGGGAAGAAUUUCACGCGAAAAGAUAAAUUAACGGCCCAUGUACGCAUCCACACUGGAGAGUGUCCCUAUGUUUGCACGCAAUGUGGAAAAGGUUUUACACGCAAAGAUAAGUUAGUAGCUCAUACAUACAUUCAUACUGGUUUACAUCCUUUUACUUGCCCUCAUUGUAAUAAAGGAUUUGCUUGGAAGGAUAAGUUGACUAACCACAUCAGGACUCAUACUGGUGAACGCCCAUUUGUUUGCAAGCAUUGCGGGAAAGCUUUUGCACAGAAUGAUAAGUUGACUGUUCACAUUAGAAUACACACUGGUGAAAGACCUUAUGUUUGCAAACAUUGUGGUAAAGCAUUUGCACGAAAUGAUAAACUGACAGCUCAUGUAAGAAUUCAUACCGGAGAAUGUCCAUUUGUUUGCAAAACUUGUGGGAAGGCAUUUGCCCGUAAUGAUAAACUGACUUCACAUUCCUACACUCAUACUGGAAAGUAUCCUUAUAAUUGUCCUCACUGUGGUAAAGGAUUUGUAUGGAAAGACAAAUUAACUAACCAUGUUAGAGUCCAUACUGGAGAGCGACCAUUUGUGUGCAAACAUUGCGGUAAAGCUUAUGCGCAAAAGGAUAAGUUGACAGUACACAUUCGUAGUCACACAGGUGAGAGACCAUUUGUUUGCAAGCACUGCGGAAAAGCAUUUGCAAGAAAUGACAAACUCACCGCUCACAUCCGCAUUCAUACGGGAGAACGUCCUUACAUUUGUGGCCAGUGUUCAAAGGCUUUUACUACAAAAGGUAAGUUGAAUAUCCACAUGCGAACUCAUGAUGGGAAAAUACCAUACACCUGCACCCAAUGUGGCAAGAAUUUCAACAGCAAGGAAAAGCUCAGUGCUCAUCUUUUGAUUCAUUUUGGAAGUAGCUCCUGUGCGUCUCUUGUCACCCAACCCUUGAUUGGUAAAAACUUGCCAGUUGUUUGAGCAUUGCGUGUAACUAUAGUAAUCUUCAUUUUAAACAGGAAAUAAUGACUUCUUAACUGUGCAAUUUGUGCAUAACUUUCUGCUAGUUUGCAAAACUGUAACUUAUUGUAAAGAAAUCUUUGAUGUCAGAUAUGUAUAUAAAUAUGUAAACAGCUCUUUAAUUUAUAUAGAUUGACAUGUUUGCAUAUUUCUUAAUAUACGCACAGGGCUUGGAAAACAUUCGGCAUUAAAUAUAACAGCAAUAGUUAAAAUAUAUAUUUAAAAAAAGAUUUAUUAAACAUCGAAUGGAUGGAGAAAUGAUUGUGUCUAAUGCUGAAUAUUUUGAUUUAAUAAAUAUUGACUGUAGAUAUUAGGAAAGGAUGAAAUGAAUGGGCCCUUUAUUUCGUUUUCAGAAAAAGUUAUUCAGUAUGAAAACUACUGUCAAAAUAUAAUUUGAAAGAUUAUUAAAAUAUUUUAAGCAAAGCUCUACGAAAAUAAUAAGUCGGCUUUAGUUGAAAUUUAUAUCUUUUACAUUAUUUCUUCAUUUAGUGUUAGAAUAUUUAAUUUGACUACAAAUAUAGGAUUAAGCCUUUAAUAAUUUUUAAUGUUUAGAAAUUAUGAACUAAAAAAGUAAACCUAGUUAACUCUACUUUCAUCAGUUUGUUUCUAAAUUGAAAGAUUGUAUUGAUUAAUGUGAAACUUGAUUAUAUUCUGUAUCAUUGUCAAUAAGACCAAUUGUAUAUAUAGCGUAGCUUAAAAUUUAAUCAUGAGUGGAAUUUGUUGAAACUUGUAAAAAUAAUCAUACCUUUUCUAAUUUUAAGCUUAGUCUUAUAUACAAGGUUACUUCGUGAUGUCUAAACAUCCCUCAUAUUGAAGGAUUAAUGUUGUGUUUAAUACUUGUAUAGUUCCUUUUAAUUUACUUAAAAUAUUGUUGAAAAAUUCCUAACUUUAGGUGCAAAAAGAAUUGAUUGUAUCAUAACUAUUAAUGUACUUUCAUCAACGUUACAAUUUUUGUAUGUAAAUAAACAUAAGUGGUUUUCUUU